AUGGAUGCCGAUCGGCGAGCUCCCUUCCGUACUUCCGCCCCUUCGCAGCACUCAUCAUCCACCCCGUCCUCCGAACAUAGCAUUCCGCAUACCCACACCUACAAUUAUGAUAGCACAAAACCGCAGUCUCCGUACUCGGCAACUCUUGGUCCCAGUACACACGAUGAUGAUGACGAUAAUUAUGACGGCGCCCACGGCACCAAGGCCGGGACCCGGACCACCAAUACUGCCGCGUCUGCCGACGACGUGAGCAACAUUACCAAUACUAACUCAAUUAAUAAUAAUAAUAAUAAUAAUAAUAAUAAUAAUGGUGCUCAUACUGUCAAUGGUAAUAUCAACAAUGAUCCUUUCCUCGACCUGAAACGCCCGCGUGCCUGCGAGGCCUGUCGCCAGCUUAAGGUGCGCUGUGAUCCUCACACAGAGGAUCCAGAUGGACCAUGCAAACGUUGUGCAAAGGCCAAUCGACGCUGCGUCGUUACGGUGCGGACUCGCAAGAGACAGAAAAAGGCGGAUAGUCGCGUUGCUGAAUUGGAGAGGAAGAUUGAUGCAUUGACUGCGAGUUUGCAGGCGUCUAAAACUAGAAAUGAUGGUGAUAUUAGAGGUGUUGUUGGUGAUGGGUUGGAGAGUCCCCAAGUACCGGGAGCAGAGGGGCUGACUACUUCGCGUUGGUUGACGUUGCGUCCUGAUAGUGAAGGUCGGCGUAGCACCGUUGGAAGGGAAUUGGGUCACACGCCAGGUCUAGUUGGGAAUAAGAGAUACUCCAGCGGGAAUUUUAAGCCUACGCAAGAAACCUCUGCGAUACUAGCGCCAUUGGCUGCGAGAUCGCAUAGCCCAAUGACGGAGGGUUUAUCGACACUCCAUGAUGGCACCGCGACGGUCCCUAGUGAUCAUGGCGAUGGGAAUGCACCUGAUCCCUGGCCUCCGUUAUUACCUCUGAUCGACAGGGCACCCAAAGUUCGCUACGACCAUGAAUACACUGAUGUCAUUGAUCGUGGAAUCGUGGAUCAGGCAUGUGCCCUUAAGUCCUUCAACCGCUAUGUGAACAAUAUCUCCCCACUGUUCCCAUGCGUCGUCUUCCCUCCUGAAACUACCAUGGCGGAAGUGCGUCGGACUAAACCGGUGCUCUUCCUAGCUAUCCUAUCCAUAUCCAUUGGUGUCUUCCGGCCAGAGGUCCAGGUCCCUCUAUUGAACGAGGUUUACCGCGUAUAUGCAGACCAGGUGGUUGUCAAAGGGUCAAAAUCCCUCGAGCUAGUCCAGGCCCUCGUGAUUUCUGCGAUUUGGUAUAUCCCUCCGGAUCACUAUGAGGAGAUGAAGUUUUUCCAGCUCAUCCAUAUUGCGGUGGCGAUGGGAAUGGAUCUUGGGAUGAAUAGGAGGACGAAGUCGAAGUCGAAGUCAAUGGGCAUGUGGAGGGACAUAGUGGGCAAGAAGGCUGUCAUGCUGGAUCCUGAUGCGCCGGAAACGAGGCGAGCCUGGCUCGGGUGCUAUUUUAUGAGUGUUAAUGUCUCAAUGUCACUUAGACGACCACUUCUCACUCGCUGGCACCCAUACAUGGACCAAUGUCUCGAAAUCCUCGGGACGUCACCCGAUGCGUUUCCCUCUGAUAAAGCUCUCAUUCAUUGGGCAAAACUGGCGCACAUUGGUGAAGAGAUUCUCUUCCAGUUUUCCAUGGAUGAUCCUGUUACAAAUGUGGAUAUCACAGAUCCCAAAAUCCAAUAUGCUUUGAAAGGAUUUGAACGACGUUUAGAAAAAUGGCGAAAAGGGGUGCCGUCUGAGUGUUAUUCUCCUGUGAUGCACCACUACGAACUCAUAAUCAACCUGUACAUGCAUGAAAUCGGCAUGCACGCGGACCACAAUAUCGACGACUUCAAACCACCCUUCGCAAACAGCCUUGACUCCCAAACUUCCGUUGACCUAGGCACACCAGCCCAUGUCGCUGCUCUGACCGUCUGCCUCACUUCCAUCCACGAAGCCUUUGAGACCAUUUUCUCCAUUGAUAAUCCCAUGCUUCAGUGCCUCCCCACUAUUCAUUUCGUUCGUACAGCAUAUGCCUCCGUCGCUCUCAUUAAACUAUACACCGCCGCAUCGCACCCUUCCACCCGACUGGGACAGGUAUUCAAUCCCACCCACUUCAAGAUCGAGCAUCUCCUCGACAAGCUCAUUCAACAUUUAAAAGGCUCUGGGGACCAUGAACGUGGACGAGUAUCUGCGAGAUUCUCCCUUAUGCUAGGGAUGCUGAAAGUUUGGUUUGUGAAGAGGGGUGAGGGAAAGCAGAUGACCAUUGGUAGCGGUCACUGCUUUUUUCAACCGAGGGAUCUUCGAGCGUAUACGGCCCCUGACCGUGGGAGAUCAGAGCCAGAGAGUGAGUAUCAGAAGAAGCCCCCUCAUAGUGCAGAAUCGACACAUUUAUACCUCCUAAGCCAGGCAGACGUGGGUCGUCCAGAGAUUAAAACUCGAUCUGAAAACAACCCAAAUCAUGAUCAAAAUGUACACUCCCCGCAGGAAUCUCGACUGUCACCCCUUACCCAACCCAGCGUUUCUCCUCAAAGUGCCCAUAUUGAUACUAGGGACGCCCGUGCACUCCCCAUUCAGCCAACCACAGCUGCCACCGUCAGCACCACCUCCAACACGGUCCCAAACCAACCCAGGCCUACCUACGGUCUAUCAAUGGGCAUGGGCGCUUUCCCCAGUGCCUCAAAUCCACCACUCACAUCCCAGUAUCUACCCCAAAUUCAGGACCGAAAUCACGGUUUCAACCCCCUAGAUUCAGGAGGGCUUAGUGGCCUGCAGCAAGCCUUCUUGCUAGACCAGGAUCAGCAGAUGGCGUUCCAGCCAGAUGAAUUUGCAGUGUUGGGAGCUAUGUGGGAUGAUAUAUUUUUUGGCUUCCCUCUUGAUGAGACUGCAACGCCGUUCUAA